AUGACUACUCUCGUACGGACCCGCCAGCCGCUACAAGUCUUGAGCAUGAGCCACCACCAGCCUGAGCGUCGGAAGAGUAAACGCCUCGCGGGUACGUCGUCGCCAGAACCAGAAGAGCCGGAGUUCAAGAGGAGGAAGAGGACUGCUGCGCCUGCCGCGGUUAUCAACGAGUCGGCGGCAUUUUCACAACAACAACAACAACACGCGCCCGCGCCGGCGACGGGGAGGAAAAAGAGAAAGAAUGACGCUGACUCCAAGGGUUCAUCCGCAGCAGCAGCCCCGGCAGUGUACGACGAGCAGGAUGGCGACUUUUUGUUUACGCGUGGGUCCAAGAGGGUGAAGACUACGCCAGCACCAGCACCACCACCACCACCACCUGAGCCAGAGCCGGAGCCGGAAUUGCCAUUGCCGAAAAUGUCUACCGCGAAGAAGGUUGGAAGACCACCAAAGAAUAGUUCGAAAAAGCGCGCUUCCUCUCCGGCGCAACAGUUUGCGCCUCCACCGCCGUUACCAGUACAGCCGCAGCAGCAGGUUUUACCGAGGAGGACGUCAAAAAGGAGGUCUAGUGCAGCUGCUCAGGCGGCGCCCCAACCAGUACAAGAUGAGGAGCCGGUUAUGCCCAAGGCGAAGACGAGGAGGAAAGGGAGGGAGUCGAAUGCCGACAAGAAAGCAAGAGAGGAAGCGCAGCGGAGGCAGUUAAUAGAGGGGAUUCCGGAGGAGGAGGAAGAGGAUGAAGCACAGGACCAGCGACACAAGCACCACCGUGAUCAUGACCACCCUAUGACCAACGGCACACCCCAAGCAGAACACCCCUCUGGCGCCGCUUCACAGAUGAUCUCCCUACCUUUCAGCGACACGCCUAUUCAAAACAGGAAUAAAGAGUUUCGAAAAAAGGGGGGAGCGUCUGGAGGGAGGAGGAGUUCACUGGGCAUGAGAGGGAGGAGGGCGAGCUCGUUGAUUGAUAAUGGGCAGAGCGCGUUACCACAUCGGGAGGUUGAUCCGAAGGAUUUCUACAAAUAUAUUUCGGCCGAGGGGUUGAGCGAGCCGAGGAGGAUGAAGCAGUUAUUGAUUUGGUGCGGGGAGAGGGCGCUUAGUGAGAAGCCUAGGGGUGGGAAGGGGAAUAGUGCUGUUUUGGGAGCGAGAGCGAUACAAGACCAGAUCUUGAAGGACUUUUCCUCAGUGUCGGAGUUUUCGGAUUGGUUCUCACGGGAAGAAGCGCCAAAGCCGCCGGUGGUGUUGAAACCGAACCCGAGGAACGAGGAUUAUGACAGGAAGAUUGAGGAGAUGGAGGAGAGGAUAAAAAGAUUAAAAGAAGUCAAAAAAGCCUGGCAGGCCAUCGCGAAACCAUUACCCACACUCGACCCGAUAUACCCCCUCUCAGCCCCCCCACCAGACAACCCUGACGCUCCCCCGCAGCCCGACCCGAGAAAAGCCCCGUUGCCAGACCCCAAUUUGUUGUCGGAGGAAGAAACGAAAAUGUUGACUUUCCUGACCAGUCCGGAGACGAGUUUUGGCAGCUGGAAGAGGCAGGUCAGGUCAAGGCUGCAGAAUGUGCAUCAGGAGCUCGAGUUUGAGGUUGAUGUGCUGGCGGACAGGGUUCACAAGUUUGACAUGAGAGUUGAAACUGCGGGGCGGGAGGCGGAUCAGGUUUUGAGGUUGGGGGCGGAGAGGUUGAGGGAACGGGAGGAGAGGGAGAAGGAAAGGGUGGGGACACGGGGGGUGGGGGUUUGGGAGGUGCUGAGGAGUUUGGGGAGGAUAUUGCCUGAGGGGGGGUAG